AUGACAGGAAAAUCGAGAAAAUCUAAAUUAAGUAUGACACGAAUGACAAUUGUAUUUUAUAUCAUUUUGACCUUGUUCUCUGUAUCGCAAACUGUGGAACAACAAAAAAAUUAUGAGAGCCAACAAAAUCAGAAAUCAAAAAUAUUAUCGAGAAAAAGGCGUUAUCUUAUAUUUCCAACUGGUUCAUCAGUUUCUAUUGCUACUUGCAUGACCGUUGGCGUCUAUGGAAAUCCACAAUUUUCAUUAUGGAGUUGGGCUGUGAAUUAUGGUUUCGCUUACAAUUUGCCUACAAAUUCAACAGAUUUUUUGCACCCACCAAAAGAUGUAUCAACAUUUCCAUUUUAUAGUCCAGAAGAAAGUUCAACAACCACAACAACUGAAGAGCCUUUGCCGAUUCAUCAUAAUGAAAUAGAGCAUCGCAGUAGCAAUUCGAGUGUAGCAAGCAGAAAGAAAUUUUAUGUCUAUCAACAGCCACCAAAAUUUGAAACUCAACCGAUGACACAUCGACGUUAUCGACGAGAUAUGUAUCGAAAUAUUGAAGCUGUUAUUGACAAAAUGGGUUAUAAUGGACGAGAUUGUGUUCUUCAAGCACUUUGCGAAAGUUCAACGAUGUUUAAAAAGAAGAGAAGGACAAUGAUACAGGAGAUGAUAAAAACAGUUUUUACUAUGCCAAAAUCGAAAAUUCUUCCAUUUGAACAUCCUGAGUUAUUGAUAUAUGAUGAAGCUUAUCGAAAUGGAAAAAAAGAAAUGGACUGCGAGAAGUCUUAUUUCAAAUUAUUUUUGUUUGUCAGCUCAAUUGGAGGUCAAGAAAGGAAUGAAAAUUUAACAGUUGAUGUUAAAAACACACAAGAAAAAAAACCAAAUGAAAAAAUUUUAUCUAGAAAAAAAAGAUAUUUAAUUUUUCCAACUGGAUCAAGUUUUUCAGUAGCUGUUUGUUCUACAAUUGGCAUUUAUGGUAAUCCACAAUUUUCAAUUUUCAGUUGGGGAGUAAAUUGGGGUUUUGCGUAUGAUUUACCAACAAAUGCAUCUCAUUAUUCAAAAGAAUCAGAAACCAAUGCACUUAGUCGUGUUGAGAGGUCAAUAGAAACAAAACCAAUGAUCCUGCGAAGAAAUCGGAGGGAUUUGUUUAAUCGAAUGGAAAUCGCAAUGAAUCAAAUGGGAUAUAAUGGACGUGAAUGUAUACUGAGGAGUUUAUGCGAAGCACCACAACUCUUUGGCAAAAAGGGGAAACAUUUGAUAGCUGAAAUAAUUCGAACAAUUUUCACCUUUCCAACAUCAAAAGUUCUUUCAUUUGAACCACUUGAACUGCGAAUAUAUGAUGAAGCACAUAGAAUAGGAAAGACGAAAAGUCAAACACAAGCAGAAUGUCAUAAAAUUUAUCCAAACUGUGGUUUCUCUUUAAUUAAAUUAGCAUUAGGCAAAUAUUCAAAACCUUUACAAAGCUACAUGUAAUAAAUAAAGAAUUAUUUGAUGUGAUUUACAUUUUG